CUGUUCGGAUACUGUGGGCACACCAAGAGUAGCCAUACUGAAUUUCACCACACUUCUUUAGCCAGUGUCGCAGUAACUCUCAUACGGAAUGGAUCGUUUACGCUCGGCAAGCACACAUUCGAAAAUGGAGAGAACUUUGUGGAUUGGCCUGUGGGGCCUUCUGUUGUCCUCCAGCAUUGUCAACGGUGUACCAUACUCGAAAUAUGGCAGAUCCUGCAAGGAUAUUGGCUGCAGGACUAACGAAGUUUGUGUAAUGGCUGAGGACCCCUGCACAUUCGGUAAACGCGACUGCGGUUACUACCCAACAUGCACGAAAAGUGGCGAUGCAGGCCUCCUCAGCUGCACAAGCAUGAUCUGCCCAAGCGGACAAUACUGCAAGACUGUUGACGGACGUGCUACCUGCGUCAACACAAAUUCCAAUCUUGUUUUGGACGUAUUUGCAGAGGACGAAGGGGUGCACAAGGACAUGACACGGAGACAGAGUGCUGGCAGCUCGUCGGGGUAUCCGGCUGGGUCGGGAUAUCCUAGCUCAGGUGGAGAUACGCCGGUUCCGUCGGCGCCAGUGGAGUCCUCUGCUGGAGGAUAUCCCUUGGGGUCUGGGAAACCCAGUUCUAGUGGGUACCCGGCGUCAGGUAGCUCAGGGUAUCCAGCGGGGGCGGGUUAUCCGUCGUCAAGUAGUUCCGGGUAUCCAGCAGCUUCGGGCUACCCGUCGUCAGGUAGCUCAGGGUAUCCAGCAGGUUCGGGCUACCCGUCGUCAGGUCGUUCAGGGUAUCCCGCAGGUUCAGGUUAUCCAUCGUCAGGUAGUUCAGGGUAUCCAGUAGGCUCGGGCUAUCCGUCGUCAGGUAGUUCAGGGUAUCCAGCAGGUUCGGGCUACCCGUCGUCAGGUAGUUCAGGGUACCCCGCAGGUUCAGGCUAUCCUUCGGACACUGCACGUCGUACUAGUGCGACCAACGUAAACGCGGGAUAUCCCAGUUCAGGUCAGUACCCCCAGGGGGGAUAUGGGCAGGGAUAUCCUCAGAGAGGGUAUGGGCAGGGAUAUCCUCAGGGAGGGUACGGGCAGGCUUACCCUCAAGGGGGAUAUGGCUACCAGGGGGGUUACCAAGGCCAGUAUCCUCAGGGCGGUGCAGGCUAUCCUCAGAAUGGACAGUACCCCCAGCAGAACAAACCUAGCAUUGGAGACCAGCUGUCGACUUUUGCGAAGAAUCUCGCCCAGAGGGUGUUGACGCAAGCUAUCUUGGAUAAAGUUGCUGGCAAACCUUAGGUGGUUGACAGUGUCUGAAGAAGAAAUUUUAGAUAAUUAAUACCAAUGUUCAAGGAACAUAACAGAGAUUAACCCAAUUGAGAUGGUAACGAGAAGAGAUUCAUGUCUAAUAAAAAAUUAUUUCACUCGGA